AUGGAUGGGACCAUGCUCCUGGGGGUGGAAGGCAUUAAGAAAACCAUCCUGUAUGGAGGGACAGCUGAGAUGCCCCGGUUCAUUACUGGGACUAAGGUGACCUUCCAUUUCCGUACCCAGCUGUGUGAUGAUGAUCGUACGGUGAUAGACGACAGUAAGGUCGCGGGCGUGCCAAUGGAGGUGGUGAUCGGGAACAUGUUCAAGCUGGAGAUCUGGGAGACCCUGCUCACCUCCAUGAGGAUCGGAGAGGUGGCCGAGUUCUGGUGCGAUGUCACCCACACUGGCCUCUACCCCCUGGUGGCCAAGAGCUUGCGGCGCAUCGCGGAGGGCAAGGACCCUGUGGACUGGCACAUCCAUUCGUGUGGCAUGGCCAACAUGUUUGCCUACCACACCCUGGGCUAUGAUGACCUGGACCAGCUACAGAAGGAGCCUCAGCCUCUCUACUUUGUACUGGAACUGGUCAAGGUGCAGCAGCCCAGUGAGUAUGACAGGGAGUCGUGGGCUCUGAAUGAUGAGGAGAGACUGAAGGCUGUGCCCUUGCUCCAUGGCCAGGGGAACAAGCUCUACAAACUGGGGCGCUACCAGGACGCCACCAAUAAAUACAAAGAGGCCAUAGUCUGCAUCAAGAACAUACAGCACAAGGAGAAAGCAUGGGAAGCCCCCUGGCUGAAGCUAGAGAAGAUGGGGAACAUGCUGACUCUCAACUACUGCCAGUGUCUGCUCCGUAUGGAGGAGUACUAUGAGGUCAUAGAGCACACCAGUGACAUCAUCAAUCAGCACCCAGGUGAAAUGAAAGCGUUCUACGUGCGAGGGAAGGCCCACAUCGAGGUGUGGAACGAAGCUGAGGCGCGGGCUGACUUUGAGAGGGUUCUAGAUCUGGACCCUGGCAUGAAGAAGGCUGUUAAGAAGGACCUGGGUGUCCUCAACAUGAGGAUGGAGGAGAAGAAUGAGGAGGAUAAAGUCAAGUACAAGGGCAUGUUCUGA